UUUCAGUUCGCCAGACUUGACCGUCAUGAAAUCACACGCCGAUCAUGGUCCAAGAAUCGCCGUCACGGCCGAACAUCGUCUCCGUAGAAAUCAGGGGCAAACCAUAGGUUCGGCUGUUAGGAGAUUGGACCCGGGAUGACUAGUAAGUCAGAAGACGUUCUGCUUCAAGUGUCCCAGGUGAAGUACAAAAAGGGAGAUGGGACCCUCUACCUAAUGAGCGAGCGUCUCGCCUGGAUAUUAGAUCAUAAAGACACUGUUUCAGUCAGUCACAGAUAUGCUGACAUUAAAUUGCAGAAAAUUUCCCCAGAAGGGAAGCCCAAAAUCCAAUUACAGGUGGUUCUUCAUGAUAACACAACAUCCACCUUUCAGUUUGUCUCUCGUCAGGGAACAAGUGCAGCGAUUAAAGAAAGGGACAAGGUUAAAGACCUCCUUGUCAAUCUGCUUCCCAAGUUCAAACGAAAAGUCAAUAAGGAGUUAGAAGAGAAGAACAGACUGAUGAUGGAGAACCCAGGUCUUCUCCAGUUGUACAAAGAUCUCGUAAUGACUGAAGUUGUUACAUCAGAAGAGUUUUGGGCAAGGCAUGCUACUUCAUAUCUUAAUAAAGACGAUUACGCUAAACAGCAAGUCGGUGUUUCUGGUGCCUUUCUUGCAGAUAUCAAACCACAAACAGAUGGCUGUAAUGGUCUGAAAUACAAUCUUACCCCCGAUGUCAUGGAAGCUGUUUUUCGUACUUACCCAGCCGUAAGGCAGAAGCACAGGGAAGCCGUACCUCACCGUAUGACCGAAUCUCAGUUUUGGACCAAGUUCUUCCAGUCACAUUAUUUCCACAGAGAUAGGAUAAAUGCCGGCACUAAAGAUCUUUUUACAGAUUGUGCAAAAAUUGAUGAUCAAGUCAUGUCAAAAGCAAUGGUGGAAGGUGUUGAAGACCCCCUAGUAGACAUUGGAUCGUUUGAGGAUGCUAACAUUGACGAAUGUUACGGAAAUUCAAAUGAUGUGAAAGGGCAAACACAAAAUAUAGUUCACCAAAGUAUGAUCAAAAGGUUUAAUCAACAUUCAAUAAUGGUGCUUAAAGCUUGCCAGAAUAAUCCAACUGUGAAUACUGCUCAAAAUGCUUCUCCUCUUAAGACAGGAAAUGGUACGGCUGUGAUGAACGGAGAGAAAUCCCCUCCCUCCAAAAUGAGAAAUCAGGUGGAAGAAGUCAGCACAAAAAAAAGGCGGAUUCAGGAAAAGAUAAUGUAUGAAGAUUUAGAAGGCAAUGAUGACCAAUCUAAAACUACCUUUAUUAAACUUAAAAUGGCUCAUGUAGGUGGAUAUUUUCAAGGGCCGUCUGCGGCAGAGGAGUCGUCGAUACAACCGGUUACUGAGGCCGAGCUCCCCCUUUUGGCCCAGGCUGUGAAUCGAGUUAAGGAAGAAGUUGCAAUGUUUCCCCUCCAUUCUGUGAACCACUCUCUUGUUCCUCCGGCGACAGCUGUCGCUGCACUUGGAGAGUUGACUCCAGGGGGCGCUCUUAUGAAGAGUCACCACAAUGAUUCGCUUGCGCAACUGGUGAGCGAUAAUCUAGCUAAGGAAGUCCGAGGACUCUACUGUUCAAUAUGUGAGCUUUUAAGACAUUUCUGGGCAUGCUUUCCACCGACAACACCAGAACUUCAAACAAAAACUGAACAUCUCCAUCAGGCCUUGCGGAGGUUUCACAAUGUCAAGCUGAAACCUUUUGAAAAUAAGGUGAUGAUAGAAUUUUCCCCAUUGACACAGCAGUUGACAAAUCAUUUAAAUCAACUCCUAGAGACAGCCUACAAUAAAUACGAUAUAUGGCAGUCCAGGAGGAAACAAUUGCCCAACAUUGGUCUUAGGUAACACUAUUGGUGAAACGAUUUGUAUACUGAUACAAAAUUUAGUUAAAAAUACCAAAUAAGUUAAGCUAACUACCUUGAAGUCAGUCAAAUUUGACAGGAGACCACUUCAGUCCUUAUUUUCAAAAUGGUAGUCGUUCAUCCUCAUUAGGGGCUUCCCUUUUGAUUUGCUGUCUUUGUUGUCUAGUCUUUUAAAAAUAAAAUAUUCUAUUGAAUUCCAUAUAUUGUAAAAUCCAAAAGAAAGGCACUGAUUGUACUUUUUAUAUAUAUUUGUUUUGUUUUUGCAGUUAAACAUCAUUGAGCUUUUUUUUUACUUGACAUGUUUUGUAAUCAUUUAAUACAAAAAUUUCAAAGUAACAAAAUGUUGUAGUCUUUUAAAAGAUAAAUGUAUUUGUAAUGUAUA